UCCGAUUGGCUGGCGGAGCCCGGGGAUUGGCUGCGCCGCGGGCGCGGGCUGACGUGGCGGGGUCUGCGUGUGGGUCCCGGUGCUGCGGGCUGAAACCGAGCGGUGGGGCAGCGGCGAAGCGCGAGCAGCAGCGAUGCCGCUGGAGCUGGAGCUGUGUCCCGGGCGCUGGGUGGGCGGGCAGCACCCGUGCUUCAUCAUUGCCGAGAUCGGCCAGAACCACCAGGGCGACCUGGACGUGGCCAAGCGCAUGAUCCGCGUGGCCAAGGAGUGUGGGGCUGACUGUGCCAAGUUUCAGAAGAGUGAGCUGGAGUACAAGUUUAAUCGGAAAGCCUUGGAGAGGCCAUAUACUUCGAAGCACUCCUGGGGGAAGACGUACGGGGAGCACAAGCGCCACCUGGAAUUCAGCCACGCUCAGUACAAGGAGCUGCAGAGAUAUGCUGAGGAGGUUGGCAUCUUCUUCACUGCCUCUGGCAUGGAUGAGAUGGCAGUUGAAUUUCUGCAUGAAUUGAAUGUUCCAUUUUUCAAAGUUGGAUCUGGGGACACUAACAAUUUUCCUUAUCUGGAAAAGACAGCCAAAAAAGGCCGCCCAAUGGUGAUCUCCAGCGGGAUGCAGUCGAUGGACACCAUGAAGCAAGUCUAUCAGAUUGUGAAGCCCCUCAACCCCAACUUCUGCUUCCUGCAGUGCACCAGUGCAUACCCGCUCCUCCCUGAGGAUGUCAACUUGCGCAUCAUCUCGGAAUAUCAGAAGCUCUUCCCUGACAUUCCCAUAGGGUAUUCUGGGCAUGAAACAGGAAUAGCAAUCUCUGUGGCCGCUGUGGCUCUGGGGGCCAAGGUUUUGGAGCGUCAUAUAACUUUGGACAAGACCUGGAAGGGUAGUGACCACUCGGCCUCGCUGGAGCCUGGAGAGCUGGCCGAGCUAGUGCGGUCUGUGCGCCUUGUGGAAAGGGCCAUGGGCUCCCCAACCAAGCAGCUGCUACCCUGUGAAAUGGCUUGCAACGAGAAGCUGGGCAAGUCUGUGGUGGCCAAAGUGAAAAUUCCAGAAGGCACCAUUCUAACAAUAGACAUGCUGACUGUGAAGGUGGGUGAGCCUAAAGGCUACCCUCCUGAAGACAUCUUUAGCCUGGUGGGCAAGAAGGUCCUGGUCACUAUUGAAGAAGACGACACCAUCAUGGAAGAAUCUGUAGAAAACCAUGGCAAAAAAAUCAAGUCUUAAAAUAAAGUGCCAGCCCUAACCGGUUUGGCUCAGUGGAUAGAGUGUCGGCCUGCGGACUCAAGGGUCCCAGGUUCGAUUCCGGUCAAGGGCAUGUACCUUGCUUGCAGGCACAUCCCCCGUGGGGAGUGUGCAGGAG